UACUCACCACGAACCGCCUUUUUGAAAAAAGACACGGAACCCUGCACUAGUAGUACAACGUCAACCUGCACAUGUCCCAUCUGCCACGAAACAAUCGCAAGCACAAACUCAACACGCGGACUGCGCAUCUGCAUACGAAACACCAAGACGGCAGCUCGAAUGUUCGUCUUGACCUACUACUACCAGCGCACUUACUCGACGGGCCACAAGAGCAGCAGUAACGUGCUGUUUCGGCCACGCAGCAAGCCGUCGCGCAGCAACUCGAUGAUGCGGAUUAAGCGGUGCGGGCACGCGUUUUGCUACGACUGCCUCGAGACGUGGGUGCAGAAGCAGAAUACUUGUCCCAUGUGCCGGGAUCGGCUGUUUAGU